GUGGAACAACGCCAGCCCAAUGGGAAGAUAUAACCGGAACCACGCCUUUAUCAUUUGUCAAUGAGUGUGUUUCCUUCACGACAAAUGUGUCAGCCAGGUUCUGGCUCAUAGAUUGCCGGCAGAUCCAAGAAUCUGUCAACUUUGCCACACAAGUGUACAGAGAAAUUAUCUGUGUACCAUACAUGGCCAAAUUUGUAGUUUUUGCCAAAUCACUCGAUCCAGUCGAGGCACGAUUGAGAUGUUUUUGUAUGACAGAUGACAAGGUGGACAAGACAUUGGAACAGCAGGAAAAUUUCACGGAGGUUGCAAGGAGCAGAGAUGUUGAGGUACUGGAGGGCAAGCCAAUUUAUGCUGACUGUUUUGGCAAUCUUGUGCCUCUCACAAAGAGUGGACAACAUCAUCUUUUCAGUUUCUAUGCUUUCAAAGAAAAUAGACUUGCGCUGUUUGUCAAGGUAAGAGAUACGACUCAAGAACCUUGCGGACGAUUAUCUUUCAUUAAAGAGCCAAAAUCGACUAGAGGUCUUGUCCAACAUGCAAUCUGCAACCUAAAUAUUACUUUACCCCUUUACAGCAAG